CAUGCUCAAUUACCACGUUGGCUCGACUGGCUGUGAGGCUAAGCUGCGCCGCACAAUGUCUUUCUGGCAAGACAGCUUCUCCAUUAUGAACAAUCUCUGUCAAAUCAUAUGAGGGACACAAUGGAGCCUCUCCUCCCAUCGCAGGCAGUUGCUUUGUACAAAGGCGUGGGUGGUGGCGGGGUGGUAUGGUCGAGGAAGUUGCAGAGGAAGGGGCGCACUGAGGCAAGGCGGCAGACACAGAGAAACGAGCAGGACGAGGGUAACGGCAGGCUAGUGUUCAUGUUACUCGAGCAUAACGUGUGCAGUACACCGGAGAUGAGGUCGAAGGCUGUGCUGUGGUGGGAUGGUGAGGGUUUGGGGAGCGGCGUAGACGGGCAAAGAGCCAUGCAAGUGCACGACACUCGCCAAAAGGGCUGUGAUACCCAACACUCAGUUGCUCGCAUACCGCCAAAAUAGUAUCAUGAGCAUCAAACGCACUCCGAAUGCUCAUUCCGGAGCCACUCAAUGCUUGCAGCUCGGUAUAUCGUUGGUUCUGUGGUCACCCUGGGCAUUUCACAUGCGCAUGGACCAGCCGCUGAAGCUACGAAAUCUUACCAAGUUGGCUACGUCGACUUCACCGACAACAUCUCCACCUCAGGAAACCCGCUCUCGUACGCCUCUACAACAUUCUGCUCCUAUUAGCAACGACAUCCGUAAGUCCCUGAAGCUCUCCAGCGCUACACAUAGACCCAUUUGGGCUGAACACUCUACGGUUGAAAACCUCCACACCACACCUUCUACCUUUUCACGACGCUCCGCUGCACAAUGGCUUCCUCCAGCACCACCGCGUACACCAUCGUGCGCCCAGCUCCCCACCCUGAACCUCCCCGCGGUCACAUCGGUGACCUUCCUCACAUCGUUCUCUACCGCAUCCUCGUCUGGAAGCUGCUGGCGAACGGCGAGCUACCCGCCGUGGUUGCUUUCGUUGUGGCCACACCUUUCCUCGCGGAAAAGGCUGGUCACGAUGGUGGCACAAAUCUCCUCGCUGCCUGUGGUCUAGACUGGACCAGCAUCUUAUGGCAGCAGGACGUCAAUUUCUGGCAAAACUUCCACAGGCUCCGGCGCAUUCAAAACAGGGAGAGGCGCUAGAUGGU